AUGUCUAAAGAGUUACCAAAGCGGCUUAUUAAGGAGGGUGAGGAGACGCAAGUGACUCAGAUCAAUAACAACUGCAGAAUGGUAUGUUAUAUGGAAAGGUUGGAGGAAUGGCUGCCAAAUGAGUUGAAAGAAGUGAAGAAAGAUCGGGUUUUUGCUCCAAUUUUUAAGUUGUACAAGAAUGGUUUGGGUUACUCGGCGAGAGUGAUACACAGCUUCUUGUGUAGGGAGCUGGUGACUUACAAAAACUAUGAGCUCUGGUUUGCGUUUGUGAGGAGACAGCUUCAAUUUUCUUUGAUAGAGUACCACGCAGUUACCGGCCUUCAGUGCGAUACUAGUCUAUCACGUAAGGAGUUGGUUGACUUCGAGGAUGAUGGUGGUUUCUGGAGCACAAUGGUGAGGAGAAAAGAGGGAGUAACUAUCUUGGACCUUUGGAAGAAUCACCAUGAAGCUGUUAAGAAGUGGAGUAAUGCUGAUCGAAUAAGACUGGUGUAUCUGUGCAUCAUUGUGACUAUGGUUUGCGCGAGAGAUGAGAAGGCUAAUAUCCCUUUCAAGUAUAUCAAGUUGGUCAUGGAUCUUGAGAAUGUUCGAAAGUAUCCCUGGGGAGUUGCUUCUUUUGACCUUCUCUGUGAGUCAAUAGCUAAAACAAGUGACAAACUGAAGGAGAAGACUACUAGUUACGUGUUAGAUGGCUUCUCCUACGCCUUGCAGAUUUGGGCAAUGGAAGCGGUACCAAAGAUUGGAAAGCUCUGUGGAAAAAAAUUGAACAAGGGUUUUAUGAACGGUCCUAGAUGCGAUGACAUCUAUCCAUACAUCUCGUGGAGUGGGAAUUAUGAAGUGGUUGAGAAUGCUGCUUUUCGCAGAGCUGAUGAUUUGGAGGAUGAUAGAAUCAAGGGUCUCAUGAGGAUGAUACAUACUAAGCAUGACUUCAGUGACCACAUUUGGGAGUUCGAAGAGACACCAGAGUUUUCUUGGGGGCUUCAUGACAAACAAGGAGAGGAUGACAAACAAGGAGAGGAUGAUGAAGUAGCUGAGAAUGAUGAAGAAGCUCCCAAGAAUGAUGAAGAAGAUGGGAGUGAUGAAGACUUUCAAACUCCAAGAGGAUCAUCGAACAGAGUCUCCAGAGCUAGAAAAGGAAAGAAGAGGCUCCCGGAUCGUGGAAUGGAAAAAAUGAAGCAAAAGUAUGAGCUUAAAGGUUCACUUAAGGAUGCAAGUGUUGAAGUUGACGAUAUAGAGCCAUCGACGAGGAAGCCAUCACCUAGGAAGCCAUCGCCUAUCAAUCCAUCGACGAGUAAGCCAUCGUCGAGCAAGCCACCACCGAGCAUUCCAUCUCUAAGGAGGUCCAAACGCUUGUCUGAUUUUGGAAAUGAUAUGUACGAAGACAUAGGUACCCAAGGCCUUGAAGGGCUUUCUCAGUCUUCGUAUGUGCCUGGUUUUGAUCUAUCGCAGACCAAUAAGGACAACGAAGCACAUGAUUGGUGGACUCCAAUGACUACUGUCCGAAAACUACCAAAAGUUGAACCAAUGGAAGAAACCGCAGCUCCAUCACCGACUAAGUGGGAGAGAUAG